AUCAGAGAAGAAGAGCAUGUGUAGACGUCAUCUUUCAAGAUGGCGGAAUCUGCGUGGCAACAAUAGCAAGAGGGAGACUGUUGCAGGGAGAGGGUGUCUGCCCCCUGUUUACACUGUCUGUGGGUGUUUGAGCGUGAACUUUAAACACCCUGAGCUCAAAGCUGAGAGCAGUAAAAUAUGGCGUCAGCGACUUUCUUUACGGCCUCGCGCUGCUAGCUUGUGUUAGCCUGAUAGCUCGGGUGUGUGACGUGGGGCCGGUGUUGUGUCUGAAUCGGUUCACCUGUCAGAUAAGAGCUGAGACAUAUCAAUAGGAACAUCCGGAGGACGAUAACUCCCUCACUACAAAGUGCUCCUGAGAUGAGUUCUUCAGAGGAGAUGAAACAGGAAGAGCCAGACGGGAGCAGACCACAUCAGUGUCAACAGUGUGGGAAGUCUUUCAGUCGGGUCUGUAGCCUCAGACGUCAUGAACUCAGUCACUCUGUGGAGAAACUACACCACUGUGAACAGUGUGACAGCAGCUUCAACCAGCUGGAGGCAUACCAGCUCCACCUGCAAACACACACUGAGGAAACACCGUACUGCUGUCAACAGUGUGGGCAGAGCUUCAGCAGCCACAGCUCAUUCAAACAACACCUGCGGGAACACACUGGAGUGUACCAGUGUGACCAGUGUGAGAAGAGUUUCACUUACCUCAGCAUUUAUAAGAUUCACAUGAGAGUGCACACCGGAGAGAAACCAUACCGCUGUGACCAGUGUCCCAAGAGUUUCAGUUUUCUGAGUUCAUAUAAACGUCACCAGCUGAGCCACAGUGGAGAGAAACCAUACCAGUGUGACUUCUGUGGGAAAAGUUUCACUCAGUCCGGACAUUACAGCUUGCAUCUACGUAAUCACACAGGAGAGAAACCAUACGAGUGUGAGCAGUGUCAGAAGACCUUCAGUGACCUGAGUGGAUACAGGAUUCACAUGCGAGUCCACACAGGAGAAAAACCGUACUGUUGCUCUCAGUGUGGGAGAAGUUUCUCCCAAUUAGGUAAUUACAAAUCACACAUGCGCAUCCACACGGGAGAGAAACCAUUCCAGUGUGAGCUGUGUGACAAAAGUUUCUCUAUUUCGAAAACAUAUAAACAACACGUGAACACGCACACUGGAGAGAAACCACACAAGUGUGAGGAAUGUGGGAAAGGUUUCGGUCGAUUAAGUAACUAUGUGCGACACCUUCGUAUCCACACAGGAGAGCAGCCUUACAGCUGUGAUCAGUGUGGGAAAUGUUUCAACAGUUCGUACAGUUACAGCCGACACCUGCGCGUGCACUCAGGAGAGAAACCGUACUGGUGCUCUCAUUGUAAGAGACUGUUUACUCGUUCCCAGUCCUUAAAGAAACACCGCUGCACACAGGUAGAAGAUGAGAGUCUUACUGUGUGUAAGCAAGAGGAAGAACCACUGAACUGCUCACCAACACGACAGACUACUGACACCCAGAAACAACCAACAAAUUAAACUACAGUAUUUGUAUUUAAAGGGCAUUAUUGUUGUUCAUUGAUGUGCAAUUGAUUUUAAAAUGUACAAAGAGAGCAUUACAAUCAAGACAUAAUAAAAUAUACCUGACUAUGGAAUGCA